GCGGUGCAGCAGAGAGAGCCGGGAAACCCGCCCUGCCUGUCCGAGAGGAGGAGCGCCGCAGCCCGGAGCGAAGCCCGCCGGAGCCCGGAGCCCGGAGCCCGGAGCCCGGAGCCCGCAGCCCGCAGCCCGCAGCCCGCAGCCCGCAGCCCCGCGGCGGAGCGUGUCUCGGAGUUCUGCCGUCGGACAUGAGGACUCCUGCGGUUCCGGGUCGCUGAGCAGCCGAGGUCGCGUUCCGGCGGCGGCGCCGUCAUGGCCGACAGGGAGGCGCCGCCCGUGCCGCCGGGCCAGGCCUACGUGGAGGUGGAGUACGACUACGAGUACAAGGCCAAGGACAGGACGGUGAGCAUCCACCAGGGGGAGUGCUACCUGCUGCUGAAGAAGACCAACGAGGACUGGUGGCAGGUGCGGCGGGACGGCGGCGCCAAGCCGUUCUACGUGCCGGCGCAGUACGUGAGGGAGGUGCGCCGCGCCCUGCUGCCCCCCCAGAAGCCCGCCCUGAGGGCCAAGCCCACCGUGCUGGACAUCCGCCGGGCGUCCGACGAGAACCUGAACCGGCCCGCGGUGGAGCUGAGCAGCUUCGGCCGCCCGUCGCCGUCCUCCACGCCGUCGCCGUCGUCCGACCGCGUCACGCCGCCGGCGCUGUCCAGGGACGCCAACCAGAACCUGGGCAGCCCGCACCACUGCAGGCUGGUGGCCGAGCUGGUCCUGCUCCACAACAACAACAACCAUCACCACGGCAACGGCGCCACGCCGCCCCGCACGCGGCCCGACUCGCCGCCGCCGCCGGGAGACGACCGCGCCAAGGGUCCGGACGGCGACGCGCCGGCGGACCGGCCCGACACGCGGCGCAACGACUCGGAGUCCGGAGACGAGCUGAGCAGCAGCUCCACCGAGCACAUGCAGACCACGUCCCCCACCGGCCCGGGCCGCUCCGAGUCCCCGGUCUACACCAACCUGCAGGAGCUGAAGAUCUCCCAGUCCAGCCCGCCGCCCGUCCCCUCGGGGUCCCCCCUCCACGUCCUGGGGGACUGGGAGACCCACAAGGACCCGAGCGGCAGGCACUUCUACUACAGCCGGGCCACCGGGGAGCGCACCUGGAAGCCCCCCCGCACCCGGGACGCCGGCGGCGGCGCCGGCAGCGUCCGCGGAGACGGACAGUCCAACCAGGACGCCGAGCCGCCGCCCUCGGAGGACGCCUGCCACAGCACACACUCCAGCCAGUCCGACAGCCAGUGCGGCUCGCCGCCGCGGGGCUGGUCCGAGGAGCUGGACCCGCACGGAACCACGCUCUACGUGUCCGACCUCACGCAGGAGAAGUGGAUCAGACACGUGGACCAGCAGGGCCGGCCGUACUACUACAGCGCCGACGGGUCCAGGUCUGAGUGGGAGCUGCCCAAGUACAACAUGUCCCCCCAGGCCGGAGACGUCCCCAAGACCCGCAGUCUGGAGAGGAAGCAGCCCGACCCCAUCGUCCUCACCAAGUGGAGGCACAGCACCUACGUCCUGGACCUCAACGACAAGGACUCUGGUCCGGCGCCCCGGCAGAGCUCUCCGGACUCCGACUCCUGCCCCUCGUCUCCCAAACUGCCCUCCACCCCUUCGGAGAAGUGUGGAGUCCUCAACGUGACCAAGAUCACCGAGAACGGGAAGAAAGUCAGGAAGAACUGGACGUCCUCCUGGACGGUGCUGCAGGGCUCCUCGCUGCUCUUCGCCAAAGGCCAGGGAGGCAGCACCACCUGGUCCCUCUACCGCGGCGGCUCGCUCCCCGAGCUGCUGCUCGCCCUGCUGAGCUGGAGGCGCUCGCUCAAGCCCCGCCCCCGCCCGGCCGUGUCCUAUGUCCAGGCCGCAGCCAAGUUCGGCAGCACCCAGUCCAAGCCCGAGUUCACGGUGGACCUGCGGGGCGGCUCGGUGGACUGGGCGUCCCGGGACAAGUCCAGCAAGAAGCACGUGAUCGAGCUGAAGACCCGUCAGGGGACGGAGCUGCUCAUCCAGUCCGAGAUCGACAGCGUGAUCAACGACUGGUUCCGGGCCCUGACGGAGACCAUCAACACACACGCCUGGGAGUCCGACGAGGCCGUCGAGGAGGACCCGCCCGAGUCCCCCGGGGCCGAGAAGCAGGACCGGGAGAAGGACCAGCGGGACUCCAAGAAGAGCCGGGCCAUGAAGACCUCGGUCAGCAUGGACGCCUCGGACCAGAAGAAGACCCGGAUGAAGCUCAAGAAGUUCCUGACGCGCCGGCCCACCUACCAGGCGGUCCGGGACAAGGGCUACAUCAAAGACCAGGUGUUCGGCUGCAGCCUGUCCAGCCUGGCUCUCAGAGAAGGUGUGUCGGUGCCGGGCUUCGUGCGGAUGUGCAUGGAGCACGUGGAGAACACGGGUCUCGAUGUCGACGGUCUGUACAGAGUCAGUGGAAACCUGGCCGUGAUCCAGAAGCUGCGAUUUGCUGUCAAUCAUGACGAGCGUGUGGACCUGCGGGACAGUCAGUGGGAGGACAUCCACGUGACGACGGGCGCUCUGAAGAUGUUCUUCCGGGAGCUCCCGGAGCCGCUCUUCACCUACGGCGGCUUCGGCGACUUCGUGGACGCCAUCAAGAACCCCGACUACCAGCAGAGGCUGGGCUCCAUCCGGGACCUGGUCCAGAGGCUGCCCCGGCCCAACCGCGACACCCUGCAGGCCCUGUUCCAGCACCUGCGCAGGGUGAUCGAGCACGGGGAAUCGAACCGCAUGACGACCCAGAGCGUGGCCAUCGUGUUCGGCCCCACGCUGCUGCGGCCCGAGACGGAGACGGGCAACAUGGCGGUGCACAUGGUGUACCAGAACCAGAUCGUGGAGCUGGUCCUGCUGGAGUACGACGGCGUGUUCGGCAGGUAGAGGGGGCGGAGCCUCCUCCUCUUCCUCCUCCUCCUCCUCC